AUGAGCGAGGCAAGUGGCAGCGGUGAAGUAGCCGCAAGAACAGAUGACGCUGUUUGGGACUGCGUGAUUCCAUACGUAAAGGAACCGCAAGAUCGGGCUUCGGUUUCUCUGGUGUGCAAACAGUGGCAUAAUAUUGAUUCCCUCACGCGAAAGCAUGUCACUAUUGCACUGUGUUAUGCCGCCACUCCGGACCUCCUCUUUCGACGGUUCCCCAACCUCGAGUCGCUCAAGCUCAAGGGACUACCACGCUUUUCUAUGUUCAGCCAAUUUCCUGAUGACUGGGGCGGCUAUGCUACGCCCUGGAUUGAGGAAAUUGUCAAAUCUUUCAAAAAAAUGAAGGCGCUUCAUCUUCGUAGAAUGAUAGUUAAGGACUCUGACCUUGAAUUGAUUGCUGCUACAGCAAUUGGGAAGGGUCUUGAAGUGUUGAAACUUGAUAGAUGCUUUGGAUUUUCGACCGAUGGACUCUUGCAUAUCUGUCGCUCUCUCCGGAGUUUGAGGACCUUGGAUAUGGAAGGUAGCAAAAUAAUUGAGAAGGACGGGGAAUGGCUGCAUGAGCUUGCUCUGAACAAUAAAGUCCUUGAAAAUUUGAACUUGUACUUGACAAAGCUUGUUGAAGUCGAAGCUAGAGACCUUGAACUGAUAGCCAAAAACUGUGCAUCUCUGGUCAAGGUGAAAAUUUAUAUUGAAAUUGAUAUUGCUGACCUCGUUGGUUUCUUCCGCAAUGCAGCUGCAUUAGAAGAGUUUUGGGGGGGCUUUUUUGGACCAUUUGAAGAGUAUGCAGAGGUAGCAUUUCCCCAAAGAUUGUGCUCCUUGGGUAUUCAGGACUUGAUUAAUGUAGACUUUCCGAUGGUCUUUCCUUUUGCUGCUCGACUUAAAAAAUUGGAUCUGCUAGUAGCUAUGCUUGAUACAGAAGAUUAUUGUCAAUUACUGCAAAGGUGUCCCAACUUGGAAAUGCUUCAGGGAACGGACACGAUUGGAGAUAGAGGAUUGGCAGUUGUUGCUAUGAAUUGUAAGAAAUUGAAAAGACUAUUGUUAUACAGGAAUUUGGAUGACGACUUUGAAGGCGUGAUUACACACUGGGGAUUAAUUUUUUUGUCACGGGGAUGCUUUGAAUUGGAAUACUUAUCUAUUGCUGCGUCUAACAUCACAAAUGCAUCCCUAAAAUGUGUAGGCAUGAACUUGAAAAAGCUCUAUUGCUUCCGGUUGAGAUUAUUUAAAAAUAAAGAGACAAAAGCAAAUUUUCCGCUUGAUAACGGAGUUCGAUCAUUGUUGAUGGGAUGUGAUAGACUUACUGGCCUUUCUUUGGAUCUUCAGCCUGGUGGGCUAACAGAUGUGGGUUUCAGUUAUAUUGGAAAGUAUAGUCCAAAAGUGAGAUGGAUGCUUUUGGGUUUUGUUGGGGAAUCUGAUAAUGGGAUUAAGGAAUUUUCCAAAGACUUGCGUAGCCUCCAAAAGUUGGAAUUGAAUGGAUGCCCCUUCAGUGAAGGUGCAUUAGGAGAUGCUAUACUACGACUACCUUCGUUGAGGUAUUUGUGGGUUCAGGGAUACACUGAAUCUGGAGCUGAUUGGGAUAAGGUACAUAAGAAGCGUCCAAAAUGGAUUACUGAGUUCAUUCCAGCAGCACAAGUUGCCACCACUCCUAAUGAAAAUGGAGAAGGUGCAACCAUUGAGAUUAAAGCCAAAAUUCUAGGUUAUUAUUCACUUGUUGGUCGGAGAACAGAUUUUCCAUCUACAGUUGUGCCCUUUAUCCCCAAGGUUACAAUCGAUGAGUAA